AUGCUGAACAUCCCGUGCGUGAAGCUUCUUUCAGUUCCUACCUCUUACGAGCCCCCGCCCCAGACCCAGCUCGGGUACGUAUACGACGAGCCGAUCGGGUUGCCUAUGUGCCAAACGUAUGGUUUUCCUGAGAGACAGAACCAAUCGACAGACAUUGUAACGCAGCCUUUCCCGACAAUUGGCAUCGUUAUGCAGACCCGACUCCCGAACAAUAUGGCGGUCGCGGUCUUCGUGUGCUUUUGUUGUUUCUUCCCCACUGGCUUGGUUGCUGUCGUCUUCGCAUUUAAGGUCUCCAGCCAGGCUAGGUCCGGUGAUUACGAAAAGGCAAGCCGGAAUGCGACGAAUGUAAGGAACCUGGUGAUCGCUAGUGUCAUCAUCGGUCUUAUCAUAUACGUGUCGACCAGCGGGCUCCUUACCGCGGGUGUUUUAUUUGCCACCAGAAAGUUACGCUACUGACACAUUUCUGAAUCAAAUAAACUAGUGUGAAAGUGAAAAUUAUUUAAGUGGUGUCAUCUAUAUUCCGUGACAUAUCAUAACUGUCUGUACGUUAUAUUUUUUAUUAUUUAU